UCGGGCGUCUGACAGCUGCAGUCUCUCCUACUUCGACCAGACUCUGCCUUCCGCAAACCUAGUGCCACGGGACGGCCGCGGCAAAGGAUGAACGCGUACUGGUACCAGUGAGUGAGCGCAUCAUCGAUGACCGGGGAAGCGGCCGCAGGCUUUGGUCCGAAUGGACACCCGAAGGCCCGGCGGCGACUGCUGUUGCUGCUGCUGCCCGGGAAGCGAUGGGGGACCUAUGGCGGCGGCUGUUUCCGGAGCCUCCGCUGGUUGUCUGCCUUCCCGGCUGGUGUCCGAGGGCUGCCCUCUAGAUUCUCCGUAGGCCUUGGCAGUCUGUCGCGCGCCUCCCCCCUGCUGUUUCUCUUCCUCGUGCCUUCCCCUCGGCUUGUGGCGACGGCGACCCCGCGCCGUCACCUUGGAGACUGGGAGCGCUCGCGCCGGAGGCCUAGCGAGACGAUCCGAAGCCGGAACCCGGCGGAAGAGCCUCCUCGCUUGCCCCCGCCGGCCGCCGCCGCUCCAGAGCCGCACUCCUCGUGUACGGGGCUGGGCGGCGGUGGCCGGUUGCGGUGGCCCAUGUCGUGCCUCGUCCCCGGCGGAGCCGGUCCCCUUCACCCGUGCAAUUUCCUAGUGUUGGCUUCUUCAAGGAGAGAUCUGUGCAUUUCUGCUAGGUCACAACAAGAAGCAAAAAAGUUACCUUGGUUCACCUCAGGAAAUAAGAAACUCUACUUUGAUACUCAUGCUGUAGUACGUCUUCUGGAGGAAAAAGGAUUUACCACUCAACAAGCAGAAAUCAUUGUCUCUGCAUUAGUGAAGAUCAUGAACAACAAUAUGGAGGUUGUCAGCAAGGAUAUGGUCACCAAGGUGCAUCAGGAGAUCACUGUACAGCAGAUAAUGUCUCAGAUUGCGGGUGUCAAAAAGGAUAUGAUCAUUUUAGAAAAGAGUGAAUUUUCCACCCUCAGAGCAGAAAAUGAGAAAUUAAUACUUGAACUCCAGCAGUUAAAACAGCGAAUGAUGGAUGAAAUACUUAAAGUCCGAGCAGAUAAUAAAUUGGAUUUCAACCUAGAAAAGAGCAGAGUAAAAGAAUUGUAUGCAUUGAAUGAAAGGAAGCUACUUGAAGUGAGAUCAGAAGUAUUAACAUUGCAAGCACAACAACUCCGGGCUCUUACUCAAACAGAGAGAAAGAUAGAUACUGAAGUUGCUGGUCUGAAAACUAUGCUUGAAUCACACAAGCUUGAUAAUAUUAAAUAUUUAGCAGGUUCUAUAUUUACAUGCCUAACGGUAGCUUUGGGAUUUUAUCGUCUAUGGAUUUAAGUGCCUCCUUCCUUAAAGGAACCUGUCUUGUUUUGCCUUAAGAAUAUAAGGUUAUUACUUUUUCCUUGUUUCAAAUGUUAACCUUGAUUUUGAUUUUAUUUAUGCUAUUUUUAUGCAAAUUAUGAUUUUUACUGACUUGAAAGUGCCAGGGAAUACAUUUUGUGGCUCUUUAUCUUUUUGAAAUUUUUUGAUCUCAUUGAUAUAUUUGUGAAGAAGAUACCAUUGGCUGAAGUAUUGAAGAACCUACUCACUUUGACCAGGGUGAUGUUUUCCUUUCAUAUUCUUAUUCUUUGAGGACUUUACUAUUAAAAAAUCAUGAUGGUUUUAUGAGUGACAAAGAAUCACAGACUAAUCCAAAAAUCACAAAAUUUCUUUCUUGACCCAAGCUUCUAGUAGUGAAUAUAUUUUAGUGCACUGUACCACUCUGUUUUUAUUUCAGUGCAGUUUGCUGAAACCUGGGGUUGAUUGUCAUGUUCACUAAACAAUUUAAUUAAUGUAGCAUUUGCUGUUUGUGACAUCCAACCAGAAAAUCAUGUUGACUGACAGAGGAUGUUGGCAUAGUUUGGAAUCACUUCUUCAGUACACUGAAGUUUUCUUUUUUUCUUCUUUCCUAUUUUUCAAUGGCGUGACUGGGGAACUAAUACUCUAAUUUUCUAGUGACCUUGAAAACUUAGUAAUGACAAACAUGACAGUGUUGUAUUUCAGCUUUGCAUGACAGGCCACUUCUUUCAGACUUGAAUCACUUUGUACAGUAGAGAUAUUUGGUUUUAUUUCCAUGAUGAUAUACACAUAUCUAUCUCAGUAGAAAUAAAACUGAUCAUUUAAUGAU